UCUUCUCUGAUCCCUACAAUAGGCGAUCUUUGCCUGAUGUGAGCCGUCGUGUGUGUCGGCUAGCGGAGAGAGAGAGAACCGGAGAACCGCAGCGACAGGAUGGGGAAGAAACAGAAGAAAUCCGGAGAGGACAGUGCCAAAGACGACGGCAUCGACAUCGACGCUCUGGCCGCCGAGAUCGAAGGAGCCGGCGCCUCCAAAGAGCCGAAAGGGAAGAAGAAGAAGAAAGGAGCCAAAAAGGAGGACUAUGAUGAGGAGGACAUCCUGAAGGAGUUGGAGGAGUUGUCUCUGGAGACUCAGGGAGGGAAGUCAAAGAAAACAGACACCACAGAAGAAGUGGAGAGCUACGAGCCUCCCAAAGAGAAGAAGAAGACCAGGAAGGGGAAGAAGGGCGGAGCCAGCCCCGAGGAUGAGGAGUGUGAUGAAGGUGAAGGUCAGGUUGAAGGAGAGAGGAAUGAAGAGCAGAACGACAGCAAGACGGCGCCUCCUGCUGUGCCGCCCUCAGACUCCGAUGACGAGAGCGGAUCCCAGACUCGAACCAAGGCCAAAGGAAACAAGAAAGGAGGCAAAAAAGCAUCUGUGUCGGAGGAGGAGGAGGAGGACAAAGACGAGGACGAAGGCGUGAGGAAAGGAGGCGAGAAGGAGGAGGAGUCAGAGGACGAGGAGGAGCUCACCUCCAGGAGAGACAAGAAGAAGAAGAAAGGCAAAGCAGCCAAGGUGGAGAGCGAGGACGAUGAGGAGCAGGACGAGGAGGAGGGAGGAGGAGGAGGCGCCAAGAUGAAGACGGCGGCACAGAAGAAGGCGGAGAAGAAGGAGCGGGACAAGAAGAAGAAGGAGGAGGAGAGGGCGAAGCAGAAGAAGCUGAAGGAGAAGGAGGCGAGCGUGGAGGUGAAGAAAGAGGCGGAGCCCCCUCAGGUGGCUGCUCCACCUGCGGCAGCUGCUCCACCUGCAGCAGCCACUGAGGAACAGGAAGGGGCGGAGCCAGCAGCCGAGGAGGAGGGCGAGGGCGACAAGAAGAAGAAAGACAAGAAGAAGAAGAAAGGAGAGAAGGAGGAGAAGGAAAAGGAGAAGAAGAAGGGACCAAGCAAGGCCACAGUGAAGGCCAUGCAGGAGGCUCUGGCCAAGAUGAAGGAGGAGGAGGAGCAAGCCAAGAGGGACGAGGAGGAGCGUCUGCUGAGGCUGGAGGAGGAGGAGAAGCUGAGGCUGGAGCAGGAGCGUCUGGAGCAGGAGCGUAAAGAGAAGAAGAAGCAGAAGGAGAAGGAGAGGAAGGAGCGUCUGAAGAAGGAGGGGAAGCUGCUGACUAAAGCUCAGAAGGAGGCUCGAGCUCGGGCCGAGGCCACGCUGAAGCUGCUGCAGGCUCAGGGUAUUGAAGUGCCAUCCAAAGACUCGAUGCCAAAGAAGAAACCGUUUUACGACCGCAGGAAGAAGAAGCCGAACGCUCAAACACCUGAAGGUACCGGACGACAGGAAGCGCCACUCUGUCCCAAAAAGAAAAAACUAAACGACACAUUUUUCUCACCUUUUAAAGCUGCUGUUGUGAUAUUUCAGAAAGCUGCAGCGUAACAGAAACAACAGAUAAAUACGUCUGUAAGGAUUUAAUCACAUUGAAAAUGUUUCUUGGUGUCAGAGUUGAAGAAAGUCCACAUCGAGGUGAAGGAGGAGAAGAAGAGCGCUCCCGCUCAGCCUGCAGGCAGCGAGGAGGACGAGGAGGAGGAAGAAGACGAGGAAGAGGAUGAGGACGAAGAGGAUGACGAUGAGGAGGAGAGCGAAGAGGAGGCGGAGAAAGAGGUGAAGAAGGAGGCGACGGCGGCCGUGAGUCAGACCAAGAGGAGGCCGGCGAAGGAGAGCGAGGACGAGAGCAGCGAGAGCGACGACGACAGGACGAAGGAGGAGCGGCUUUACGACAGAGCGAAGAGGAGGAUAGAGAAACGCAGGGCAGAGAACAUAAAAAACACGGAUGUGGACACUCUGAGAUCUCCUGUGGUCUGUGUGCUCGGACACGUCGACACGGGAAAAACAAAGAUCCUCGACAAGCUGAGACACACUCAUGUUCAGGACGGUGAGGCCGGAGGAAUCACUCAGCAGAUCGGAGCCACAAACGUCCCCAAAGAGACGAUCGAGGAUCAGACGAAGAUGGUUAAAAAUUUUGAAAAGGAAAACCUGAGGAUCCCCGGCAUGCUGAUCAUCGACACACCAGGUCACGAGUCCUUCAGUAAUCUGAGGAACAGAGGCAGCUCUCUGUGCGACAUCGCCAUCCUGGUGGUGGACAUCAUGCACGGCCUGGAGCCUCAGACCAUCGAGUCCAUCAACCUGCUGAAGGAGAAGAAGUGUCCCUUUAUCGUCGCCCUCAACAAGAUCGACCGUCUGUACGACUGGAAGAAGAGUCCGGAGACCGACGUCGUGGCCACGCUGAAGAAGCAGAAGAAGAACACCAAGGACGAGUUCGACGAGAGAGCAAAGGCGGUCAUUGUGGAGUUCGCUCAGCAGGGUCUGAACGCCGCCCUGUUCUACGAGAACAAAGACCCCCGGACGUUCGUCUCGUUGGUUCCGACCUCGGCCCACAGCGGCGACGGCAUGGGAAACCUCAUCGCCCUAUUGGUCGAGCUCACGCAGACCAUGUUAGCACGCCGGCUAGCACACUGUGACGAGCUGCGAGCUCAGGUCAUGGAGGUGAAAGCGCUCCCCGGGAUGGGAACCACGAUAGACGUCAUCCUGAUUAACGGCACCCUGCGGGAGGGAGAGACCAUCAUCGUCCCGGGGGUGGAGGGACCAAUCGUGACGCAGAUCAGAGGUCUGCUGCUGCCUCCUCCUCUGAAGGAGCUCAGAGUGAAGAGUCAGUACGAGAAGCACAAGGAGGUGUCGACGUCUCAGGGGGUCAAGAUUCUGGGGAAAGACCUGGAGAAGACGCUGGCGGGGCUCCCCCUGCUGGUGGCCCACCAGGAUGACGAGAUCCCCGUCCUCAGGGAUGAACUGGUACGAGAGCUCAAACAGACUCUGAGCUGCAUCAAGUUGGGAGUCAAGUUGGAGGAGAAAGGCGUUUACGUCCAGGCGUCCACGCUGGGAUCCCUGGAGGCUCUGCUCGAGUUCCUCCGCACAUCUAAAGUCCCUUAUGCAGGUAUUAACAUCGGCCCGGUUCACAAGAAGGACGUCAUGAAGGCGUCUGCGAUGCUGGAACACGACCCUCAGUACGCAGUGAUUUUAGCGUUUGACGUGAAGGUGGAGAGAGAGAGUCAGGAGAUGGCCGACAGUCUGGGAGUUCGGAUCUUCUGGGCUGAGAUCAUCUACCAUCUGUUCGACGCGUUCACCAAAUACAGAGAGGACUAUAAGAAGGCCAAACAGGACGAGUAUAAACAUAUAGCCGUGUUCCCCGCCAAGCUGCGAGUUCUUCCUCAGUUCAUCUUCAACUCCAGAGAUCCCAUCGUGAUGGGCGUGUCGGUCGAGGCCGGCGUACUGCGACAAGGAACGCCACUCUGCGUCCCCAGUAAAGGGUUCGUGGAUAUUGGCAUCGUCACCAGCAUCGAGAUGAAUCAUAAAUCCGUUGACAGCGCCAAAAAAGGCCAGGAGAUCUGCAUCAAGAUCGAGCCCAUUCCCGGAGAAUCGCCCAAAAUGUACGGCCGACAUUUUGAAGCCACUGACAUCAUCGUCACCAAGAUCACGCGGGCGUCCAUCGACGCUCUGAAGAACUGGUUCAGAGACGAGAUGUCCAAACCUGACUGGCAACUCAUCAUGGAGCUGAAGAAGACCUUCGAGAUCAUCUGAGGGACCGGAAACACACACACGGAUUAAAUGCACACACACACACAUACACACACACACACACAUAUACACACACACACACACACACACACACACACACACACACACACUUCCUCCCUCAGAUAGCAUCAUGAGGAAGAAAAUGAAAUGGAAAAAAAAAUCAACCUAAAAAAAAAUGUGUUUUUCUGUGAGAAACGAACUGUUUUUUCCACUGUUGUAAACAGUGAUAGUUUAGAGCACACACACAUACACACACACACACACACACACACACUCAUACGGACACUCAGUAUUCCAACGUGCCUGUUCUUCUGCAUCAACGUUGUGUUACUUUCUUCUUCUCUGCUCUCUGAUUUGUGGCUGCUGAUUCGCGUCACAGGCUCCGCCCCCUUUCCUCCCCAGACUGAGGCUAACAAGCUUAACGAAGUCGACAGGUAUUCAGUCACACCAGGUGCAUUGUGGGAUUGUACUGCACAGAAACAGAGCUGAAGGAGGAAUAUAUUUUCUUUUCAUAAAACCACCAAAAUCAUUGAGUCAGCGUCGGCGUCGGCAAUGACGUCGACUUUAAAGACUUUAACGAGCUGACUCAGCGUUGCGGUUUGUCGGCCAUGUUGGACGGCGCAGGGUGGAGGUUUAAACGAGGAGGUGACCUCUGGGAGAUUUUAAACUGUUUUUGCUGCAACUGCUGAUGUAAUAAAUUCCCAUGAUUCUGACGAAA